AGCCAGCUUAGAGCUAUGGGUGGGAAAGGUGGCGGAGGUGGUGGUGGUGGAAAGGGAGGAGGAGGAGGUGGCGGGAAGGGUGGAGGUGGAGGCAGCGGUGGCAAGGGCGGAGGGGGAGGUGGAGGCGGCGCGAGGAGCGGCGGAGGAGGUGGAAAAGGUGGUGGAACCGGAGGAGGGUCUGCCAAGUCCGGCGGCGGGGGCGGGCACGUUGGGAUGGGGAAGUCAGGCGGCGGCGGCGGGGGAGACGGCAUGAUGAGGGCCCCCGGCGCCGACGGCUACAUCGCCCGCUCCGGCUUCGAGGCCAACCCCCAGGGCUACUUCGCGGGUCUCCACCACGGAGACGCCGCCAAGUAGAGACGUUCUACUGCAUCAGCUCCUGUGUCAGCUAGGCUGCCGCCCCUGGUCACUAGUGUUGAUCAAUGUUUGUAGCUACUCCAAUAAUGUAUAGACUGCCCGCGUGAGAACAGCCUAGCUACUUUAUCUUGUAAUCCAAGUCGAUCGAUCUGACAGUUAGCUAGUAACGCAAUGCAUGAUGAGAUCGACGCUUGUACCUCUAAUAAGUGAAUGUACGUCCCUGUUAAUUAAUCGUGCGCGUGCUGGUUUUCCAGAUGCAUCUGUAAUUCUGUAUGUGUUGUAUCUCGCAAAAAAAUAAAAAAAU